UUGGUGUCCCCUCACGGCGCAGGCGCGGCCGGUGACACGAGGCGGCGAAGCUGGGGCCUCGGCACCCUGCGGUUGCCAGGGGCGGCUCGCGGCGGCGGCGGCGGGCCGGAAGCGUGGCGGUGUUAAAGGCCCGCGGCCGCCGUUCGGCCGCCGCCAUCACGGAUUUUCCGCUUCCUUCGCGUCUCUCUGGUGGCAGCCAUGGAUGCGCGGGCACGGGCCAAGCGCUACGAGAAGCUCGAUUUCCUUGGGGAGGGGCAGUUCGCCACCGUGUACAAAGCAAGGGAUAAGAACACCAACCGGAUAGUGGCUAUCAAAAAGAUUAAACUUGGGAAUAGAUCAGAAGCUAAAGAUGGAAUCAACAGGACAGCCCUCAGGGAGAUAAAGUUGUUACAGGAGCUAAGCCAUACAAAUAUUAUUGGUCUUCUAGAUGCAUUUGGCCACAAAUCCAAUAUUAGUUUGGUGUUUGAUUUUAUGGAAACAGAUCUAGAGGUUAUUAUAAAGGAUAGUAGUAUUGUGUUGACUCAGGCUCACAUCAAAGCAUACAUGCUGAUGACACUUCAAGGAUUAGAAUAUUUACAUCAGCACUGGAUUCUACACAGGGAUCUUAAGCCGAAUAAUCUGUUAUUAGAUGAAAAUGGGGUUUUAAAAUUGGCUGACUUUGGCUUGGCAAAAUCUUUUGGAAGCCCAAAUAGAGUUUAUACACACCAAGUAGUAACAAGGUGGUACCGAGCCCCAGAAUUAUUGUUUGGUGCUAGAAUGUAUGGUGUCAGUGUUGAUAUGUGGGCUGUUGGUUGUAUUUUAGCUGAGCUGCUCCUCAGGGUUCCUUUCUUGCCAGGAGACUCUGAUCUUGACCAGCUGACAAGGAUAUUUGAAACACUGGGCACCCCGACAGAAGAACAGUGGCCUGAGAUGACAAGUCUUCCAGAUUAUGUCACAUUUAAGACUUUCCCUGGAAUGCCGCUUCAGCAUAUCUUCAGUGCCGCUGGUGAUGAUUUGCUCAGUCUUCUGCAAGGCUUAUUUGCUUUUAAUCCUUGUGCUAGGGUUACAGCUACUCAGGCAUUGAAACAGAAGUAUUUUAGUAAUCGACCAGGACCCACUCCAGGAAAUCAGCUACCCAGACCCAACUGUCCUGCAGAAGCUGUAAAGGAGCAACAAAAUGCACUUUUAAAUUUAAAAAGGAAAAGAACAGAAGGAAUAGAUCAAGCCUCAAGAUUGCAAUAAAUGAUGGAGGGAGAUCCAGCUGGGAAAACUAUACCAGCCCUCCUGUCAACCUGUGGCUGUUGAACAUUUCAUAGUGCAGAUACUGUGCUCAGCUCUGUUGCCUGACUUCCAGCAUAACUGUGUUGCAAAGUGGCUGCUGGGCAACCAGACUUCUUCAAUGGAAAGAAACAAGCCAGUAGAUGCUGUUGAUGCGCAGCCUAACCACGUGCCCACCGCUGUUGUGCAGUGGAUCUCAGGGAUACCUGGUGAGCCAUUGUCAUUUUCCCAGUUGUGAACCUCUUUCAGCAUUCUGUUUUUUUAAUGUAUGUGGCAAGUAUAUUAGCAGAAGAGUUAAACUUGUAGAGGAAUAGUAACCAUCUUCUUGCUGCUGUGGUAACUCAAUUUACUUGUACCAUCAGCCAACUUGGAAAUAUGUUGGCCUUAAAGGGACAGCAGUUGCUAUUCCCUCAGUACCUUACUGUGUUCAUGGCAAUAUCCUACUGUGUUUCUGGUUGUUGGUGAGUGAAAAUUAAAUUUUUACUAAGACCUAGAUGACAGCGUUAUUUCAUGAACGUUUUCUCUAUUUUCUAUACUAGUUAUAGCAGGUUUUUUAUUAUCUGUGUAAUCACAGAUCAUCCUGAGUGCAGGCUGAAGGACUGAGAGGAGAACUGCAGUCCUACCUCUGACAGGGAUAGGUUUAAAAAAUAUGUUGAUCUCAAUAGGGAAGAGAGAGUUAGAAGUACUGUAAAAAAUUUUUUGCAUUCAGCUUCUCUAGGGCAGCAUUCUGACUGGACUUCAAAGUCCUGAAAUGUUCAGCCACUAAUACAGGUACAGAAUCUUUCAGUGAGUAUACUCACACCUAACUCUUGGGCGUAACAAAUAGAGCUUGUAUGGCAGUGGCAAUUUUGUGUUGUACCAGCUCUGCUGUGAGAGUUACAUCAUUCUCUUCUUGUCAAACACAGCGUAUGCCUAGACCACACCCUGGCUUGAAGGGAGCCUUUUCCAGUAGAACAAAGAGCAAUUCUCCAAGCUGCUAUUGGCAAAACUUGUCGAGUAGAUACCGAGUUUGAGCAUUUGUUUAUUGUGCUCUGUAAGAGAGGUUGAAGAGAGAGAACAUCGAGCAUUUUGUGACCUAUGCUGCUGACCUGUGUGCUUCCAGUCAUGUGUCUAUCACAGCAGACUUGAAUUAAAAAAGCAGUGCUCCUAUAUAAUAGAAGUUCAAGAACCAUUCUCUUCCAAAUCCCACACUGGAAUUCAUUUGUCAUACUGUGCACCGCAGGUAAGGCUGUUCUGUGCUGUGAGUGUAUAUAGCAGCUCAUCAUGUCUUGACUUCAGUUGUGCUCGUGAACAAAGCCUUCUGUGUCAGGGACUAAACUUACUUUGCUCUUAAUGCUGGUUUUGUGCAUACAUAAAGUGUACAUACACCACAGAGUAAGAUAAGAUUAGAAAAACCAUCAGCACAAUAUUUUUUUUCUUGAUUUCAGGCUUUUGGAUAGUUUGACUUAACUUUUGAUUUAGGUCAGAACUCUGGAAGGAGUAUUUGUGACUACUGCUGGCUAUCAAUUACUAUGCAACUGGUCAUCUAAAUACUGUUUAAAUUUGUAGCUAGCUUACCUUGCGAGCUGUAUGUUGUGCUAAUGAUGCUUCAGCUUGGACGAUCUGUUUUAUCACACCAGCACAUUGAAUAUAUAGCUGUUGCAACCUACUUGGCUUCUGUUACGAACGAUAGCGGUCACGUAUGGUUUCUCUUGAGCUUGCAGUGUGCAUGCUUGUGUAAUUGUAUAAAGGUUUAUCUUGUACGCUUGUGCAAACUGGAAUUUAAUCUAAAUGCCUUCUCUCUUGGAUUGAGACUGUUUCCCUGCCCUCAUCACUUUUUUUUUAAUUGAGAGCCACUGAGGUUUCUUCCUGAAAGGUUAGCGCUCUUCUUUGUGAAAAAUUUCAUAGUUCUUACCUUCAGACUUACUGGAGCUUGAGUAACUUCUGUGGAUUGUACUGAUAUUGUUUAUAUAAUUUAAUAAAACCUUUUUUCUCCCUACAAUAUUGCCACAAUAAAAGCAGCAAAACUCACUGUAAGAGCACACAAUACAGAAAGGGAAGGUGCUCUCUGUUCUGAACAAAACUGAUUUCGUUUUCUCACAGAGACUGGGGUUACUUGUGGUGACAUGGAGAGGCAAGGCUCCUAGCUGUCGUGUCUUCAUCUCAUCUCCUUGAUUCUUCAUUAGUGCCAACACUGUAUGAUCCCUCCAGCCUUUAUGCUCUUUCGACAAAGAAGCUUAGAGCCAGGAUGAGGUGUAACACUGUUGCUUUGCAUUUGUGAUAUGUUCUUAUCUAUGUUAUAGCCUCGAAACUGUCAGCACUCCAGGCAGCUCUGCUAGUUCUACCUGUGUUUGUUCUUGGUUUUGUGAGUGUUCCUGUUCCCUUGACUUGCUGCAUAUACGCUGUUCUCUUAACUCUUGCUUGGCCACUUCUUCUGGUGCAUGGUCACUUAUGCUCCAUGUACACCAGUAUAAUGAUUCCUUUACAAAUCUCUAAAAUCAUAGCAGGUUUCACCUGACUGCAUAUUUACUUGCUUCUCAGAUAGAAGGGGAUAAUUACUACAAGAAAGCUGUGGUUUAGGUUGCUUUUUACUGAAUCCCCUCCACUUCUCCUUGCAUUUCAUACUGGAUUAUAUCAACCUUGUCUGAGGUAAGGUAUUCUCUCCACGUUGCUGUAAUAAAAUUGCAGGAUAAAUCAGGGAUAGUUCUAAAUUUAGUUUGCCUGGUUGAGGUACGGGAACUUGUUGGAGAGCUAAAUUGAGUUCUUUGAACACUCUUCACAGGCUGUAUGACGUGUAGUAGUGUGAGAAGCUGUGAAAGACGCAUGCAUGGCUGUAGUCCUUCGGGGCAUGAGAUACAGUACUGUGUAGGAUAAUCUUAUAUUGAUUCUUCUCUUCCCAAAGGGCUGAUGGGUAUUAGAUUUAUUCCUCCUAUAGCCCACCACCACCACCUGGAAGGCACCAGCAGCAGCUCUGUUAUUGCUAGCUUGAGAACUCCAUCUUGCAUUUCUCUAACACAUCUCAAUCACUGGUACAAACUUUGUUCAUCUUUCCUUGUAUCUCCUUUUCAAGCUUACCCAAGUAGAACUGGGAUAAAAUCUAAGUUUUGAUGCUACUGAAUUAUCCUCAUGUCAUUUCUGUGUUCAGUUCUAAGUCUUUUAAUUUAUUUUUUACUCCAUUUGUGAGAAAUUUAUUCAGCAAACUAUUAUUUCUUUUUAGAAACCCUUAUUCUUUCAGUUACUUAGGGAGUUUGUCUUCCUUCCAAGAAUUAAAUCUGCAGCCAGGCUGGCAGGUCCUGCAUGAGAAUUUCCUGAAAAACUUGCUGUGUAGUCAGCACAGAGGCUGCCAGUGUUGUGACCAUUUCUUCUAGUGCUGUCAGUUCAAACUGUACACACAAACCUACAUACUAACAGCAUUCACCACUGCGAUAAGAACAGAAUGGUGUGCAAGGAAAGGAGGAGGAGAAGGCGGCAUUUUGCUCUUAAUUAACAUGUGUAAUGGAAUGUGGUUUAUUGCUUACGCCAAGAGAUUUGUGCCCCUUUAGUAGGGAUGCUGGCAGUUGCACUGACCUGACUUUGACAACAGAAUGUGGACUAUGUGCUUCGUUUUU